AUGACCGCCCUCGCCUCUGAAAUGAGCGUAACAAUAAAAUCUUUAAUUAGUUCUGAAAUGAAGGCACUGAAAACGGAAAUUACUGAAGUGAAGGAAUCUUUGUCUUUCAUCAAUAAAGAAUAUGAAGAGUUCCGCCAACAGCAUCAAUCAGCAAUCGGAACUAUUGAGAUGUUGCAGUCAGAAAACUUAGAAAUGAAGUCAACUAUUGCCAGCUUGAGCACAAGAGUGAAUCAUUUAGAACAACAAGCUAGAACGUGCAACAUUGAAAUCCAGUGCGUACCCGAAAAAAAAAAUGAAAACCUCCUCACCAUUGUCGACUCCAUCAGCAAGGCGGUUGGGUGUAAGAUUAACCCAGAAGACAUACAUAAAUGUACACGGAUUGCUAAAUUGGACCCGACUGGCUCUCGCCCACGCUCUAUUGUCGUACAGUUGUCUUCACCAAGAGUACGAGAUGAAUUCUUGGCUGCAGCUGUGAAGUAUAACAGAUCAAAAAUAAGAAAAGAGGAGAAACUCAACACAUCAGACAUAGGCAUUACUGGCGAAAAAAAGCCAAUCUUUAUAGCUUGUAACAGAACAUACCUUCCACAAAAUAAAAUAAAAAUGAAUUAG